CUCCCCCUGCUCUACGCUGCCUCUGUGGCUUGUUAUCUCAACUGUGACAUAUUAAGGAACUGUUGAUCGACUCUCAAACAUUCAGAAUUUUUUGAGUUAUUUUUCGCUGAGUGAUAAUGACUGUUUUGACCGAGUCUACAUUUUUCGACAUAAAGUUUUCCUUGCUAACGAUUUCAAACUCUGGUCGAACGUUGACGAUUUUUGCGAUUUCUUUAGCUGGUUUGGUGUAUUGUGUACGCCAUGCGUACCUAUUUCAUAUUUUCUAUUCCAGGCAGUCCAGCAGACUAACGUUAUUUUAAAAAAUUUAACUUUGUCAUGUCGAUAUUUACGCCAACAAAUCAAGUGAAGUUAACUAAUGUUGCUGUUGUUCGACUGAAGCGAAAAGGAAAGAGAUACGAGAUCGCUUGUUACAAGAACAAAGUUGUAUCAUGGCGCAAUAAAGUGGAAAAAGAUUUGGACGAAGUUCUUCAGACCGACUCGAUAUUCACAAACGUUUCAAAAGGUCAGGUUGCGAAGAGAGAGGAUUUAGUCCGUGCUUUUGGAACAGACAAUCAGAUGCAAAUUUGUCUUGAGAUUUUGGCCAAAGGUGAGCUACAGGUAUCAGAAAGAGAGAGAAACGAUCAACUGGAGUCUAUGUUUCGAGAUAUUGCUACUAUAGUUGCUGAUAAAUGUGUUAAUCCAGAGACUAAGAGACCAUAUACUGUUGGAAUAAUUGAGAGAGCAAUGAAGGAUAUACAUUAUUCAGUAAUUACAACACGAAGCACUAAACAACAGGCACUGGAAGUGAUUCGUCUGAUCAAAGAUGCUGGAGUGAUGCCAAUUGAUCGAGCUCAAAUGCGAAUCAGACUAGUGUUACCACAAAGAGAGGCAAAACAAGUUCUCGAGAAACUCCGAUCAAGUUUUACUAGCAUUGAGAGUGAAGAGUGGGAAGGAAAUCUGGAAGUGGUUUGUCUUAUUGAUCCUGGUUUUUACAGAACUAUUAAUGAAUCAUUAGCAGCCCAGACAAGAGGUAGAGGAACACUUGAAGUUCUUAAUUUGAAAGAAAUUGAAGUAGGAGAUGAUAGACUGGAAAGCUGAUGAUAUAUUUGUGGAACAGCAGUUGACUGCUGGCCGAGUUUUGUGCCAAAGGAUCUCAAUGCAACUGCCUGAUGAAAUCCCCAUUGAAUGGACCAAAACUUCUUCAAUAGACUAACACCAGAGGUGUCAUAUAUUAAGCCAUGAAAUUUAUAUAAGGUGAAAGUCAAAGGUGCUUCAUGGCAAGAUCACCUUGUCUUUUCUUUUGUUCAUUUACAAGUGUUUGUGUUGAUGGUAGCUGGCUUAGCAUUUCAAUAUUUUCUCUCUUUCACCUAAGAAGGAAAUCAAAACAUGAACAUUUUGGAUGCUACAAGCAUGUUCUAUUAUUGAUUGGUAUAGUACUUUGACACUACAUGGAAAUUCAUACCUUUUGUCUUGCACUCAACCAGCAAAUGACUCAGUUGUUUCUUGUUGUACUUUAACAAAUAUCUUUGACAAGAUUUUAUUGUUCCUAACAAAACCAUCGCACAAGUCGUUAUAGCAUAUAUAUGAAUAAACAAAACAUGCCCAGGUGCAAUGAUCCACUAA